AUGUCAUCAACUGAAGCAAUGUAUCCACAAACAUCUCUUCAUGGUAAUGGUUCAUCAUGUCCAUGGCGUAUAGUUAGAAAAGGUUUUAAUGUCGAAGGUCUUUGUAGAAAUAUUCAUUGUCCAGGUUAUGGUCAAAUGGUUAUUGUUAAUAAAGGUUUUGGUGAAUAUGAUUUCGCACGUGUUAUUCUUGAACAACAUAUUUUAUGCCCAAUAUGUAAUCACGAAAUUUAUCCUACUAAAUAUGGUUUAAAUCA